GACAAUUUCAAAUGUUCUCCUCACCUGUCCAAACUACUACACGGACGUAAAUUGAAGAGUUCCCCUCUAUGCCUCUAUGGCCACUCUCUAUAUUACCCAGUCCCCUCCCCUUUGAUCCACAAUCCCCAUUUCCCCCCUCCAAUGGAACCCUCCUCCUCCUCUUCCUCCUCGGCCACCGCCGCUACGUCCGCCGCCGCUACGUCCACCGCAUCUCUAUCGCUGGUUUCUAGGGCGAAAACGGCGCUCCACUCCGCCGCGGCGAAGGCGGAGAGGGUCUUCACCGACAUCAAAGCCGAUCUGAAGAGCGAUCGAGAUCGCGAUGGACAAGCUCAGAGGGAGAUGAGGAAAUCGACGGAUCGAGAGAUGGUUGUAUCUGAUGCAUCUAACGAGUCGGAAGAGGAGGUUCCAGAAUUGAAAUCAAUGGACGAGGGUGGCUCAAAUUUUCAGAGAGAACGUACCUUUCCUCCAGCUUCUGUAAUUAAACAGUUGGCUUUGGCCAUUGAAACCGGAAAGAACUGCAAGACUAUGAAUGAUCUUGUCAGAUGUUUUGGGGAUUCUUCAUCUGUUAAAGAGAAGAGUAGCUUGAACUUAUCCCUAGUUAAAUCACUAGUUCUUCGUGAAAAAGAAGAUAAAUCAAUCUCUGGGUUCUAUGGGGAUGAGGAAGUCCAUUCUUUGGCAUGCUCUUUAUUUAACCCAGGGGACCAUUUUCUUGAAAGAAAAAAUGAAAGUAACUCGUCUGCACUUGGUCAAACUUCUUUAUUAAAGGAUCUUCAUGGUGUCCCUCCAGAAAGCUUUGUUUUUCAAAUCUCUUUGAUUAUCGGUGGCAUGAAUUCCCUACAAAAGAUGGCCUCCUUCUGGCACUUUCUUGUCCUUGAAUUGAGGAAAUUAUGGUCUAAAGAGCAACCAAUACCUCGAACACCACUAGAUGCCGGACCUGAUUUGAAUUCCUGUCUCUUGCAUCAGCAGUUCCAAGUGAUAAAUUGCUGUAUUGCCAGGAAGCAGAGAAAAAAAGCUGCUAAAGAGUUACUGGAUUCUGUUCUCAAGCAAGCAAGUCUUGAGAAUUCAGAUUCAAUCGAUUCUUCUUCAAAUCUGUUAUAUGCUAGAAGUAGCAGUGGAAAUAAUGUCCUUCGACUUGGUGCAGAUCAUCCAUCUGAAAAAGAAUUAACGAUGUUAGAAACUGGUGAACCCAUAUAUUCCCCAGUUACACAGGAGGGCCCAGUUCUGACAGAGGAACUUAUCAAAGAAGCGGAAGAGUUGGUGCUGAGGACUGGAAGUGUUGGUGCCGGGUGCUCUCAGCUCUUGUCCGACAUGCAGGCUUUCAAGGCAGCAAAUCCUGGAUGUGUUCUAGAGGACUUUGUCAGAUGGCAUUCCCCACCAGAUUGGACGGCGGAUGAUCGAGAUGACGGUUCAGUAGAUGGAGAGGGCUCAUCUAGACGUGGUCGACUCAGUAGACGAAUGCAGAAAGAAGGUAACCUGUGGCGGGAGCUGUGGGAAACAGCGAAAGCAUUGCCAACUGCUGAGCAAACUCCUCUCUUUGAUGAGGACCUAGUUGUUGAAAGCAUCUUCACUGCAUUGGAGGACAUCUCACCGGCGAAGUUUUUCGAACAGCUCUUUGUCUCAAUUCUUUCUGUGGGCUUUGCAGUAGCAGAAGCAGCACUUCCUGCAGAUAGUAACUUGUCGAAGCUGUUCUAUGAGUGCAAAGACUAUAUCAGUGCUGUUUAUCAAGCUGAUUUGUGGAAUGAAAAGUUAGACGAUAUCUGCAAGGUUUAUGAAACCAUAGAGGCAAUAAUGGUCCAUCCAGAAGAAGCCAUCAUGAUUAACGGACACCCAGAUGAGACGAAUUGUGCUGAAACAAAAAGCCGGUUCAAAAAAAUUAACCUCAAUUUCAUCAACAAAGACAGACAACCAUUGUGGAGAAGAGCUGCAAAGGAUGAGAAGAAGUCGGAAGAGAAAAAGCAAGAUGAGAAGCACGCACAUAUAUUUUCACAUAUAUUUGAUAAGAAGGUAUCUUUAUUCUCUAAAAAGAAUCCAAAAGCGGAUGCAUCUUCAUCUCCUUCACCAGCUACCUUGGAUGAAAGUGAGUGGACUAUUGUUUAAUAAAGUUUCGGAUAUGCGAGUCGAAUUGUAUAGAGAAUAACUGUAAAUAACUUGUAAAUGAUUGAUUCAAUUCAUUGGUCCAUUCAAAUUGAAACAAAAAUGUAAGCGCUCCAUUGAUCACCUUGCUUCAAACCGCCCACCAUUGGUUUCAAGCCAAUAAGAAUGUCAUGGUUUGUCGAAA